AUGCAUUUUCGUUGGGUCUCAUGUUUUGCCUUUAGCCUCGUUUACGGGAUCAGCCAGGCGAAUCCCACCGUAUCCAGCAAUGCUUCUAAAGCGCAGCCCUUUAAGAUCGAUCUUUCAUCUCGACUGCCUCGAAUGUUCGACCUGAUUCGCGGAACUCAGCUUCCCACCCAGCUAUCGUACUCAGGCCCAGGAUCCUCGACUGGCAUAGAUCUGAGUGAUCUGAAGUCUUUGCGAACAGAAUGGUUAACAAAUUUUGAUUGGAAAACCGAACAAAAAUCAUUAAAUAAGUUCGCCCACUACAAAGCCAACAUUGAAGGAUUAAACAUCCAUUUCAUCCACGAAAAGUCAGGCGCAAGCGAUGCUAUUCCACUCCUUCUACUUCAUGGCUGGCCCGGCUCUUUUCUGGAAUUUAUACCUAUCAUUAAUGAUCUGACUGAACAGGCGAAAACAAUCUCAGGAAAAAAGGUCUCUUUUGAUGUCAUUGUACCGUCUCUCCCUGGUUUUGCUUUUUCCUCGGCGCCCCCCACCAAUUGGACAGUCGAAGAUACUGCCCGUGUAUUCAAUACGCUUCUGACGGAUGUCUUGGGCUACGACGCCUACGCUGUUUUUGGAACUGAUUGGGGUAGCGGUGUUGCAUACGCGCUGUAUGAUGGAUUCAACGCGACUGUGCGCGCGGCCCAUCUAGCAUUCCUGCCCUUCUUUCCUCCCACCCAAGAAGAGCUCACGGCCGAGAACAUCACUCUCACGCCAUUGGGAGAAUUCGAGGAGGCCAAUACGGUGGAGUGGAGCAACACCGGAACUGGAUACUUUGUAGAGCAAACGACAAAGCCCACCACCAUCGGUUUAGCUCUAUACGACAGUCCGGUAGGACAGCUUGCGUGGAUUGGAGAGAAAUUCCUGAAUUGGUCCGAUCCCAAUGCUGGGCAUUUUCCCUCUGUCCUCACUCACAACGAGAUCCUUCGGAGUGUUUCUCUUUAUUAUCUGACGGAGAGCUUCGCUUCGUCCGUGAUGAUAUAUGCACAGAAUCCUCAUGGAUUUAGUACAGUCUACACAAGGGCAAAUAAUGAUGCUCCCUUACUAUUCAGUGCUUUCAAGUACAACGUUGGAUUCUGGCCUCCAGCUCUGGUUGCAAAGGUCGGAAACCUUGUUUACUACAAAAACAACGACGCCGGUGGCCAUUUCCCCGGUAUUGAUAACCCGCCGGCAUUGCUGAACGAUCUGCGAGAGAUUGGAACUUAUUGGCGAGUUUGA